CAAAAAGAAGUAAUUCUGCAAACUACCAUCACCACCAUGAAGGCGUCCAAUGUUCUCAAGCUCAUCUUAGUCCUGCUCUGCAUUAACGUCAGCACAGAAUGGCCUACGCACACAGUCUGCAAAGAAAGCAACUUGGAAAUAUAUUACAAAAGCUGCGAUCCUCAGCAGGAUUUUGCUUUCAGCAUUGACCAGUGUCCUGACAUCCCCUCCCACACCUUUAACAUUAGAGCUGCCAUGAUCCUAAGACACAGCAUCAAGCAGUUGCAUGCAAAUAUUAAACUGAUCAUAAAUGGGAAAACCGUCUUAAGCUACUCGGAGUCACUUUGUGAGCCAGAUGAUCCUAAAAUUAUUUUCUGUGGAAAGAAGAAAGGAGAACAUAUCUACUAUGAGGGACCAGUCACACUAGGAAUCAAAGAAAUCCCACAGGGAGAGUACACUAUUUCAGCAGUGCUGACUAAUGAAGAUGGCAUCACUGUCGCUUGUGCUGAUUUUAAUGUGAAAAAUUAUUUAGAUUAUUAUUAGCAACAAAUAAACAAUGCGCCUGAAGCCAUUUAAUUAAAGUUACAGAUCACCAAAAUUGUUCAAACCAAGUGAGCUACUUGCAUGCUACAAUGAUUUUUAAGGAAAUAAUUUGCACAUGGUUGUUUGGAUGCUAUUUCUCUUUGUAAUUCUCUCUUUUCAAGAUGUCAGUAGACCCUCUAGUGGUAAUCUUAUCUCUAAAUGCACACUGUAACACACUUUUUGCUUCUAACAUACACAGUUGCAAAUAGCUGUUGAUACCAGCAUUCUGGUCUCAGAAUGAAAACAGCACCAGGCAGAACAGGUGAGAG